AUGGUCGACAUCGUCCCCCUCUCCUCGUACCCCUCGUACAUCGACCUCCUCCCCUCCAUCCAAACCUGCAACAUCACCAACCUCCCCGAAAACUACUUCCUGAAAUACUACCUCUACCAUGCCCUCACCUGGCCCCAGCUGAGCUUUGUCGCCGUCGUGCGGCCCCGGAAUGGGUAUGCGAAAAACACCGCCAGUGACGGCGCGGGGUCGGCGUCCGUCGCCGGAGAGUACCCCAAAGUGGUGGGGUAUGUGUUGGCGAAGAUGGAGGAGGAGCCGACCGAUGGAGUGCAGCAUGGGCAUAUUACCAGUUUGAGUGUGAUGAGGACACACCGGAGAUUGGGAAUUGCUGAGCGUUUGAUGAGAAUGAGUCAACGUGCCAUGGCCGAAUCUCACCGCGCUCACUUUGUCUCCCUGCACGUUCGUGUUUCCAACACUGCCGCCCUGCGCCUUUACCGUGACACACUGGGCUUCGAGGUCGAGAAGGUCGAGAGCAAGUACUAUGCUGACGGCGAGGAUGCCUACGCCAUGCACAUGGACCUCUCCAAGAUGUGGCUGAACUGGAAGGAAAUCGAGAAACAGGACAAGGAACGUGCAAAGAGUGACGACAAGGAGGCUGACGAGGGUGACGAGGUUGGAGAGUUGGGCAAGAGCGAGGACAAGGAGAAGGAAGGUGACAAGAUGGUUCGCGUCAAGGUCGGCCGGGGCUUGGGUGUUGGCGAUUUGGUUGAACGGAAUGAGUCGGCACCUCAAUAG